GUGGGCGUGGUUCCAGAGAAGCGCGGGAAGUCUAGAUUUUCGCGGCCCUAGUGGCUGUGUAACUAUGACCCUGGAGCAGGAGCUUCGCCAGCUGAGCAAGGCCAAGGCCAGGGCCCAGAGGAAUGGGCAGCUGCGCGAAGAGGCAGACUACUGCCACCAGCUGGGGGAGCUGCUGGCUGGCCACGGUCGCUUCAUGGAAGCCUUGGAGGAGCAUCAGCAGGAGCUACGUUUGCUAGAGAGCGUUCAGGAUACCCUAGGCUGCGCAGUGGCCCACCGCAAGAUCGGAGAACGGCUGGCCGAGAUGGAGGAUUACUCUGCUGCUCUGAAGCACCAGCAUCUCUACCUGGAUCUGGCUGGUGCCCUGUCCAACCACACUGAGCUGCAGAGAGCCUGGGCCACCAUUGGCCGCACCUAUCUGGACGUGUAUGAUCACGACCAGUCAAGAGACGCCUUGCUGCAGGCACAGGCUGCCUUUGAGAAGAGCUUGGCUAUUGUGGAUGAGAAACUAGAGGGGACGCUGACCCAGCGAGAGCUGAGUGAGAUGCGGACUCGACUCUAUCUCAACCUGGGCCUGACCUUUGAGAGUCAGCAGCAGACAGCUCUGUGCAAUGACUACUUCAAGAAGAGCAUCUUUCUUGCUGAGCAGAACCACCUCUAUGAAGAUCUGUUCCGGGCCCGAUACAACCUGGGUGCCAUCCACUGGCGUGGAGGGCAGCACUCUCAGGCCAUACGCUGCCUGGAGGGGGCCCGGGAGUGUGCACGCGCUAUGAAGAUGAGAUUCAUGGAGAGUGAAUGCUGCAUGGUGGUGUCCCAGGUGCUCCAAGAUCUGGGGGACUUUCUGGCUGCCAAACGAGCCCUGAAGAAGGCCUAUAGGUUGGGCUCCCAGAAGCCUGCCCAGAGAGUGGCUGUCUGUCAGAGUCUCAAGUAUGUGUUGGCAGUGAUCCAGCUGCAGCAGCAGCUGGAAGAGGCUGAGGGCAGUGACCCUCAGCGUGCCAUGGCUAUCUGUGAACAGCUGGGGGACCUUUUCUCCAAGGUGGGUGACUUUCCGAAGGCAUCCGAGGCUUACCAGAGGCAGCUGCACUUUGCUGAGCUGCUGAACAGACCAGAUCUCGAGCUGGCUGUCAUCCAUGUGUCCCUGGCCGCGACCCUGGGAGACAUGAAAGAUCACCGCAAGGCUGUGCACCACUAUGAGGAGGAGCUGAGGCUACGCAGGGGCAAUGCCCUGGAGGAGGCUAAAACUUGGUUCAAUAUUGCACAGUCUCGUGAGGAAGCUGGCGACGCAUAUGAGCUGCUAGCGCCAUGCUUCCAGAAGGCUUUUAGCUGCGCCCAGCAGGCCCAGCGCUUCCAGCUGCAGAGGCAGAUCUUACAACACCUUCACACUGUGCAACUCAAGUGGCAGCCCCAAGAAGCCCCCGGCACCGAAGCAAAGCUGCAGGAACUGAGUGUGGCAAACGACGGGGAGGAGGAGGAGGAGGAGGAGGAGGAGGAAGCCAGUGAGGCCCUGGAGACCAGUGAACUAGAACUCUCAGAGAGUGAGGAUGAUGCUGACAGCCCGUCUCAGCAGCUGCAGGAAGACGAGGAACUUCAGGGCUGUGUGGGCCGGCGGAAGGUAAACAAGUGGAACCGGCGCAACGACAUGGGAGAGACCCUGCUGCACCGAGCCUGCAUCGAAGGCCAACUGCGCCGCGUCCAGGAGCUUGUAAGACAGGGCCAUCCCCUGAAUCCCCGAGACUACUGCGGCUGGACACCUCUACAUGAAGCAUGCAACUAUGGGCAUCUGGAGAUCGUCCGCUUCCUUCUGGACCAUGGGGCAGCAGUGGAUGACCCAGGUGGUCAGGGGUGUGAUGGCAUCACUCCCCUGCAUGACGCCCUCAACUGUGGUCACUUUGAGGUAGCUGAACUACUUAUUGAGCGAGGGGCAUCUGUAACUCUCCGUACCAGGAAGGGCCUCAGCCCACUGGAGACUCUACAGCAGUGGGUGAAGCUGUACUUCAGGGACCUUGACCUUGAGACAAGACAGAAGGCAGCGUGCAUGGAGAGGCGGCUCCAGUUAGCCUCCUCAGGCCAAGCCCCCCAGGGCUCCCCUGCUGUCCAGACCAUUCGAAGUAACCAUCUCUUUGACCCUGAGACCUCUCCCCCCUCAAGCCCCUGUGCAAAACCCUCUUCGUGUACCCCUAGACCUCCAGAGGCCUCUCCAGCCCGCACUAAGGUCUUUGUGGAGGAAACUGUGGCUGCUGUGUCCAGACCUCGAAGGAACAGGCACAGGCCGACCAGCAGCAGUAGCAGCUCAGAGGACGAGGACAAUAUGGGCCACUGCAGGCCAUCUCAGAAAAGACUGAGACAUUCUCUCAAAGCACAGCAAGAUGAAACCCAGACACCUGACCCAUCAUCCAAAAGCAGAGACACAGCCCCAUCAAGUGCUUGCCCGGCUGCUUACCAAGCAGCCAUCCGGGGAGUGGGUAGUGCCCAGAACCGUCGCUUGGUACCUAGCCUGCCUCGGGGCUCAGAUGAAGUCCCCGCCUCCAAGGCAGCACUCAUUCCUGAGGAGGAGUUCCUAGCUGGGGAGUGGCUGGAGUUAGAUACACCUCUGACCCGCAGCAGCAGGCCUAGUACCUCAGGGUCAGACUAUGAACGAUGCCCUGUCAGGCACCCAACUCGUGCCAAGCAAAGUCGUUUGACAUGUCUUGAUGGUUGGGGUACAUGGACUAAAGCAGGAGACGGCAGCCUGUCUGCAGAGCCUCCGGAGAGCCCCAGCAUGCCUAGGACCCCGGGACCCAGCAGGGAGAAUUGCACAGCAGGCCAGCCUUUGCUUCUGGUCCAGCCUCCUCCCAUCCGGGUUCGAGUUCAAGUUCAGGAUAACCUUUUCCUCAUCCCUGUCCCACACAGCAGUGACAUCCACUCUGUGGCUUGGCUAGGAGAGCAAGCCGCCCAGCGCUACUACCAGACAUGCGGGCUGCUUCCGAGGCUCACCCUGCGGAAGGAUGGAGCACUGUUGGCUCCACACGACCUCAUCCCCGACGUGCUGCAGAGUAAUGACGAGGUGUUGGCUGAAGUAACUUCAUGGGACCUUCCCCCUCUGACUGACCGCUACCGCAGGGCCUGCCAGAGCCUGGGCCAAGGGGAGCACCUGCAAGUGCAGCAGGCCAUAGAGCAGCAGAGUUCAAGCGCUUCAUUUAGUGCCUGUUCCCUGGCCUUGUCCCAAGCCCAGCUCAUGCCCCUGCUGCGAGCCCUCAAGUUACACACAACACUGCGGGAGCUGCGCCUUGCUGGGAACCGGCUAGGCGAUGGGUGUGCUCCCGAGCUGCUGGCUACCCUGGGCACCAUGCCUAACCUGGUCCUCCUUGAUCUGUCUUCCAAUCACUUGAGCCAGGAAGGUCUGCGCCAGCUUGUUGAAGGCUCCUCGGGCCACGCCGCUUUACAGAGCUUGGAGGAACUGGACUUGAGCAUGAAUCCUCUAGGAGACGGCUGUGGCCAGGCCCUGGCCUCCCUUCUGCGGGCCUGUCCCGUGCUUAGCACCCUGCACCUACAGGCCUGUGGCUUCAGUGCCAGCUCCUUCCAGAGCCACCAGGCUGCUCUGGGUAGCGCCUUCCAAGACUCUGCGCACCUGAAGACCUUGUCCUUGUCUUACAACACGCUGGGUGCUCCAGCCCUGGCGAGGGCGCUGCAGAGCUUGCCGGCCCACACCCUCCUGCGUUUGGAGCUUAGCUCUGUGACAGCCAGCAAGAGCAGCUCGAGUCUCGUAGAGCCUGUUGUCAAAUACUUGACCAAGGAAGGCUGUGCUCUGACCCACCUAACCCUGUCUGCAAACUCCCUGAGUGACGAGGCUGUGAGAGACCUGAGCAGAUGUCUCCCUUGCUGCCCCUCACUUGUCUCUCUGGACCUGUCUGCCAACCCUGAGGUCAGCUGUGCCAGUCUGCAGGAACUCUUGUCUGCCCUCCAAGAGCGGCCCCAAGGACUAAGUUUCCUUGGCUUGUCAGGCUGCUGCAUUCGGGGGCCCCUGGACCCCGACAUCUGGGACAAGAUCUUCAUACAGCUGCAGGAGCUGCAUUUGUGCAGCAAACACCUGAGUACAAGGGACCGCGAUGCCCUGUGUCGGAGACUGCCGGCCAGCGCAUGCUCACUGGACCACGGUCCCAAGCUCUUCUUUAAAUGCCUCUGACCCUGGCCCUGUCGUUUCUACCCCCCAAAAAAAAAAACUUAAUAAAUUAAGCUGCUGUC